AGAUUAUUUAGCUGUAGAGAUCAACCGAAGAGAGCAAAGUAUCAGUCCCCUCCGAGAGAGAGGGUUUAGAAUAGUUUCCUCGUCAAACAAUCCGCGCCGUCGUCUAUAUAAAAACCUCACCCUUCUCGUUACAUCUUAUCUCAUCGUGUGUUAAUUUGCAUUUGCACUGCAAACGGCGGCCGGCCAUGGACGGGCCCAGCGGCGCAACCGACACGGCCAACGCGGCCGGCGGCGACGCAACGCUGGCUGUUCCUCCGCCACCGCCGCUGCUGACCGGAACGGCCGUUCCGCCGCCCCCGCCGGCAGCUGCCCAGCCGCAACCACAGCAAGCAACGGUGGCGGAGGGUGACCCGCCGCCGCCAGCAACCGGUAGUGCAGAGGAGGUGGCCGGCAACGGCGAGCCUCCUCAACCGCCCGCCACUGAUCCGGCGAGCGAACCCACUGCGCCGCCGGAACCACAGCGAGCAACAGAGGAGAAGAAGGGUGACGAGCCACCACCACCGGCAUCAACCGGAGUGAAAGAGGAGGUGGCCGGCCAUGGCCAGCCUCUUCCACCGCCCACCAGUACUCCGGCGAGCGAGCCCCCUGCGCCGCCGGAACCAAAACAGCAGCAGCAGCAGCAGCAAGCAGGCGACGCGGCGAAGCAGGCGGCGCCGUCUGCCGACGACGAGGACGGAGGUAAAAAGAGGCACAGCCGUUGGAACUUCCUCCGCAACCUCUUCCGCCGCCACAAGGGCUCACUGCGCGACGCCGUGAAGGCCGCCGCUCUCACGAAGCCGCGGAAGGAGGAGGAGGAGAAGAGCAAGAAGACCGCCGGGCCCGAUGAAGCCAGCAAGCUGCCGCCGCCGCCGGCUCCACCUCCCGCUCCCGACGAUGACGCGGCUAGCCGUAGCCGGUCUACGCGGAGGAGGCUCGUGAAAGUGCUACGGGCCGUCCAAUUCAUCACGCGGUUGAAGAACUGGAGGAAUCGCCCACCGGAGGACGGUAAAGCCAAAGAGGAGCAGAAGCCGUCUCCGGAGACGAAGGACAAAAAGCCACCGGAGACGACGGGGAAGGACAAAAAGCCGGCGGACCCGGAGCUGGGGCAAGCGAAGGAGAAGACGCCGGCGCCGCAGCAAGAGGAGGAGAAGAAGGAGAAGGAGGAGGAGACGCCAGAGGCGAAAGCGCAGCGGCUAGAGGAGGAGAAGUCACGGCGGAGGUGGAAGGAACGCGGGGAGGCGCUCCUGCAGGAGAUCCUCGAGGCCGCCUUCGAAGCGCUGCUCGCCGGCGAGUUCAACAAGCUCAAGGAUCAGUGGCGGCAGUGCCUCCUCACCUUCUCCUUCUUCCCCGUCAACCACAAGGUGAAGAAGCAGGCGGUCACCUACUGGUGGGCCGCCCAGUUCGGCCUCCCGCACCGCCGCGCCCCCAGCGCGGCGGAGCCCCGCGGGUCGGAGGAGAUCUUCGCCGAGUUCUGCGCCAGCGGCUUCCUCGAGCCGAUCACCAGCCGCUGCAGCGGCGCGUCCCACGGCUGCCGCGUGAACCCGCUCGUCCACUGGAUGGUGAAGCGGACGGCGAGGGGCGAAUUCGCCGGCCUGGACCAGCACGGCCACCCCACCGUCGAUCCGGGCGAGUCCAGGGUCCUCUGCCUCACGGCGAGCCACCGCGAGCUUCUACAGAGGCUAGGCAGGGCCGACGAGUCGCCGUCGGCGCCACCGUCCCCGACGAGAAAACUUUCGAAAGUCAAAACGCCCAGCCAACAAGACCGUCAGCAAAAAGAGGCAAAAGAAGACCGUCAGCAAAAGGAGCCAAAUCCAACAGGAACGCCCUCCAAAAUAGCCGUCAGCAAACUUGAGGGCGAGACGACACAAAAGAAGCCAAACCCAACAGGAACGCCUUCCGAAAUGGCCGUCAGCAGACUUGAGGGUGAGACGAAGCAAAAGAAGCCAAACCCAAUAGGAAUGCCUUCCAAAAUGGCCGUCAGCAAAUUUGAGGGCGAGAUGAAGGAGCAACAAAAUGAAAAUGACAAGAUCAAUCUCAAGCUUGAGCUCCAGAAGUUUCAAAACAUACAUGUAAUCCUCAACAUCAAUGCACAUGUGUAUCGGCUCCCAUAUUGCUUGUUAUCCUUUCUUGGCGAUCGCCUGGUAGUCCUACAACUUGGUCGAUGGUGGAACUCCGAUAAUAGCACAUACUUGGAGGUGGAGGGGCUAGAGAAACUGAAUGCCAUCGGCAACCUCAAGAAACUCCGAUACCUUGGCAUUCGUGGGUUGUCAAAGCUGACGGAGCUACCCAAGAAUGUCAACAAACUACAACAACUUGAAGUCCUGGAUGUUCGUGGGUGCCAAAACCUGACCCAUGUGAUGUCAUCUACUGUCAGGAACCUUAGGCAGUUGACCCAUUUGGAUCUCACUGAAUGCUACAUGCUGGAGCAUAUUGGAUGGGAGAUCACCUCCCUCUCAGAGCUUCAAGUAUUCAAGGGUUUUGUCUUUGGCAUUGAUGCACCAAGGAGAUAUGUAUUCCAAUGUCGAGAUAGGCAUGCGUGUCAUUUGCAAGACCUCAAGGCGAUGAAGAAUCUCCAAAAGCUCAGUAUCAAUGUUACAACUGAUGCAAAUGUUGACAAGAAUGAUAUGGGGCAACUUAAGCAUCUUGAAAGCCUCCAAUCACUAACAAUAACAUGGGGUGAGUUGCCAAGCAUCUUAACAUCUGCAGAAAGAGAAAAUGAGAAAAAGCAACUCCUUGAGAGGUGGACUAGCCUAGUGUUGCCGUUAAGUCUUGUGAAACUAGAUGUCCGAUGCUAUCCCAGUGAAGAGAUCCCAUUUGAGUGGUUUGAACCAAAAGGGGCCAUUAAGCCCAAAAACCUCAAGAAACUAUAUGUGAGAGGUGGAGCCGUUAAGAAACUAAAUCUUCCCAAAGAUAACAAUAUUAAGACUCUGCGCCUAAGAUAUCUCAAGGAAUUUAAAAUGAAAUGGGAAGAAAUAUUGGGUAUGAUGAACAAUCUCCAUUAUGUGGAAGUUGUUUACAAGGAUCCUAAGGUGAUGAAGAGUGAAAAGAUAAAACAUCAAACAGAUAAUGUCGAGCUACAACCUCACAUAAUUAAGGAGAAGGAAAAGAAGGUAAAGGAGGAAGAGGAAAAAUGUAUGGCGGAGAUCAAAAAAAAUAUGAGGAUACCAGAUUCUACCUUGGAUGAGCAUGGGGUGUGGAAGAAGGAUCAAAAGGAAGCUGAUCAAAAGAAGGCAAAGGAGGAAGAGGAAAAACAUAUGGCGGAGAUCAAAAAAAAUAUGGGCAUACCAGAUUCUACCUUGGAUGAGCAUCGGGUGUCGAAGAAUGAUCAAAAGGAAGUUGAUCAAAACAAGAAGGGCAAAGGCUGUGAGGGUGAUGGGGAUGGAAGCAAAGAAUCUAGUAACUCUCAGAGUAAGGUGCAUGAUGGUCAUGAUUCCAAGGCUACUAUCAACAAUAAUGUUACAAAAGUUUCUAGUGAAUCCGACCUGACGGGAAAAGAACAAAAGGAAAAAACAAGUAGGCGGUCCUAAAGUGCUCCUGGCAUCGAUAUACUACUCAAGAUAGUAAAUCUGGUACUCCCAAUGAGCAAUCCUCUAGAGUAAAUGAUGCAUUGGACACACCUAGUGAGCAACGUGAUCUGAAAGGCACUGUAUCUGACACAUUCAGUGAGCAUCAUUCUGAAUAAAAAACUGACAUAUUUGAUGAAUAACAUGCUAGCAAAAAUAAGGGACUUGGCGGACCUACUGGACAAUGAUAUCCUCAAUGUGAGUGGCCUUGAAACCUAGAAAACAGCCUCAAAGGAAAGUGAUUCAAAAUCAACACCACACCUUGCACCAUAUGUACAUAUGGUGCUUUGGCCAUUGGCAAAGAAGUUAUAGCCGAUGACAUAGAAAGUGACAAAUAGAAGCUCCAGUAAGAGGUGCAAAAUUAUGCAGCAUGGAGAGUCGCCUAUCAUCAUGUGUGUUGUAUUUGUGUGUGUAACAAGUAUUCAAUGCAAGCAUAAACAUGUCUUCAAAUUCUUUUGGUUGUUUAUAGUCGGUCCUCAAACCAUUUAAAUAAGAUUUUAUCAUCUCGGUGCAUUGGAAGAGCUUCCAAUUUGUUACUUAUGCUUGUUGUUAGUUGCAUUUAUUCAUUUACAUUCCACAAUAUUGUAAACAUUAUAGUGUAAUUAUACUACUAAGAGUAUAGCUACAUAUUGAUUA